AUGGCGUUCUUUAUGAUUCCUGAGCUGAACACUCGCACCGGGACUUUGCGAGCCUAUCAUUUGGCUGCCAUCGUCUUUAUCUCAUCCUUCCUCUCUGCCUACGACUCCGGAAUCGCAGGUGGCAUCUUGACCUACAAGUCCUUCGAAAAAGACUUCCGAUACCCUGCAUCUACAGAGUCGAGAGUUUCGUCCCUGACUGUUGGUUUGGAGCAGCUGGGCUCGUUCAUCGCCGCUACCUGUGUCUACCCGAUCACAAAUCGCUACGGCCGCAAGGUCUGCAUCAUUGGUUCCACUGCCCUUUUCGUCAUUGGUGUCAUCAUUCAGGUCAUAAACACUCGCUCACUUGCGGCUUGGUAUGUCGGCCGUAUUGUUGCAGGCCUGGGUAUGGGCGGCCAAAGUGUCGUGAUUCCCAUGUACUCAGCAGAGAUGACUCCCAAGGAAAUUCGAGGCCGAUGCGGUUCUUUUUACCAAUGGCUGUAUGCCUGGGGUGUCUUCCUGGCCUACUGGGUUAACUAUGGCGUGUCCAAAAACAAAUCCAUUGUUGGCACUUCGCGCGAGUGGCAGAUCCCCGUAGGUUUGCAAUUGAUAUCUGGGGGCACCCUGUUCAUUGGCGCCUUUACCCUCCCCGAGUCAAUUCGCUGGCUACUGACCCAGAACCGCACUGAAGAUGCCUGGAAAUCCAUCGUUUGGAUCCGAGGUGGCGAGACUCCCAAGACCCGCGACGAGUUCACCGAGACGCAGUUAGGGCUGCAGGCCGAGCGCGCAGAACGUGAAGGCUUUUCCAUCCGCGAGCUCCUCGAGCCCGCCAAUCAAUGCGACGGGAAGCAGUGCUCUGGCUGUUUUGCACCGCAAUACUUUAAACUCAUCGCUGGUAGCGGUACAAACCGCAACAUGCUGCUCUCGGGUCUCUUCGGUGCCGUCAAGGUCAUUGCAUGUACCUUCUUCAUCUGGGUCCUCGCAGAAAGGCUUAGCCGUCGCAUGACCUUGGUCGGCGGCGCCGCUCUCAUGGCCAUCUGUAUGCUGAUUACCGCACUGAUUGUAGAUUACAUCCCAACGCAGUCCGCCACCGACGUUACAGCUGCUGGACGUGCGACGGUUGCGAUGAUUUAUCUUGAUAUCAUGAUCUACAACUGUUCUUGGGGUCCAAUGCCGUGGGCUUAUGUUCCAGAGAUCUUCCCCACGCGGAUCCGUGCUCUUGGAUUGGCAGUCAGCAUGCUGGCCCAUUGGGCAUCGUCAUUCUGCUUCUCAUUCGCAAGUCCUUAUAUGAUCACCAACGUGGGUGCCAACACUUUCCUCAUUUUCAUGGGCUUCGAUGUCGUGGCUGCUAUCUUCUGCUGGUUCUUCGUCAAGGAGACUCGCGGAAAGAACUUGGAGGUCGCCGCGGGUACCGAGUGGGAGGCUGCUGAGCGCAGCUCCCUCGAUGAUGAUGAAAAGGGUGGUGUGCUGAGCGCGGAUGGCAAGAAGGUGGAGCUCGUCAGCGUGCACGAGAACUUCCAUGCUACCAUUCACCAUCGUUAG